UAUGUCCCCAGUGCGUGAUUCCAGGAGAUAACACGAGAGGGGUUGUACUACUUCCGCCCUGCCCGCUUAUUUACAAACAAUACGAGAGAAAAAUGUAUUGGUAUGCCAUCCUCAUUACUUCCAAUUCUUCACACGUGUGAUGAGAAGAAGAGGACAUAGAAGACUCCCAGAAUUACUCGAGAUAAUGUGUCCUUAAUUUGACAGAAGAUGCAAGUCAGCCGUUACCGUCCAAUCCUGUACCUCCAGUAUUUUCUGUUGUUUGUGGAUUUAUUUCUCAACUCUUUUUCGGAUUUACUUAGAUUUGAGAAUGUAAUUUUGCUGGUUAUAUAUGUAAUCCAAGAUGUCUGCAUAGUGUUUGCUGUUAUAGUUGUUUUCCUGUUGUUCUUCAACACUUACAUCUUCCAAGCUGGCCUGGUGGGUCUCUUGGUGAAUAAAUUCAAGAACACCAUUAUUGUCACUUUCAUAUACUUUGUGUUAUGUCUAGCACUUCAUAUAUGGGGAAUGACCCUUAGAUGGGAAGACCCCAAUGCUUACAUUUGGAGCAGUGGUUUCAUUGCUCUGUAUGUGUUACAGAGAGUGG